AUGCUCGGAAUCGGCGGUAGGAUAUCCGCCAUCGUGCCAAUUCUGGCUUCGGCUGUGGCCGUUGCUCUCUCAAUUGUUCUUUUGGCUGCUGGGAACAGCACAAGCAGCGGCAAUUCCAAUUACUGGCUUUCGCUGAACACAUCGAAGAUUGGCCAACAACUCAUCACAGUGCAGGCGGCUAAUACGUCGAAUGGAAAUGGAAAUGGAAAUGGCGGCGGUGGCGGUGGUGGAGGUAUUAGCAUCCCGGGGCUUCCCACCCCUACCAUUCCUGGAAUCACCUCGCCGAGCGGUGGUAUUAACGAUCCCACGGGUAUUACUAGUGGCUUGAACGGAAUUCUAGGAGGACUUCUCGGAAACUUGACCAACCAACUAGGGAGCGGCAUCCAGGAUGUUGAGGGGCAGCUGAUGGGCAACCUGACGCAGGCGUUGGGUGUCAAGGAUACCUACAACCUCUUCCUGACGAAGAUGUGCGAGGGUGACUACGCCAACGAGAAUGAUCCCAGUACCAAGACCAACAUCAAGUCCUGCUUCAGUUAUGACGACAAGGGACAAGGUCUUCGCAACAUCACGGAUUCGAUUCCAUCGUCAUUCGUCAUUGCAACGGCCAACGUUUCAGUUCCUUUGAUCUCGGCGAUGAGAGGCACGAUUGAUCAGGUUGUGUCACUCGCUAGCACAGGAGCGAAGUUGUUAACAGCUCUCCUGGCUAUUGGUACCAUCUGCACAGGAAUCGUGCUGCUUGCGACGUUGCCAAUUAUCAUCGUUGGCUUCAUGCGUGUGCUUGUUCUGACCUCCCUAAUUUUCUCUUUGCUGGGCGCUACAGUUCUACCACUUUUCGCCAUCAUCACAACCGCCAUCGUCGUAGGUGGGAAGAAGAUGCUCGAUAAGGAUGGUAGUGCCUUUGGCAUUGAGAUCAAGCAAGGAGGACCAUUCAUCGCCAUGGCCUGGGUUGCGGCUGUUGCGUCGAUGGCAGCGUCAACUUACUGGUUCAUGAUUUGGUUUGUUAGCUUCAGGCGAACGGCAUUCAGCCGUCGCAAGCGUACUGAAACUGAGAUCGGAAACUGGAGGGGUAUUUUCCGCGAGGUCAAGGGUGACUUGAAGACUUGGGAGGGUGGUGAGAAAUAA